AUGCUUGGGGGGAGAGGGCGGGUCAUGGCAGCGGCACUGCUACAUGCGCUGCUCGCAACGGGAGAGGUAGGAAGAGACACGAGCUCUCGCUCUUGUCCAACGGCUCCUUCCCCAAACCUCCACCAUAUGAUGAGCCAGCAUGACGUCAGCAGCAACGAGACGCUGCGAUACGUGAUGCAGCUCAGAGGGGACAAGCAUGUCAGGAUCGCCGAGGGCCUCUACAUGUGGGACUGGCGGUACAUGAGCCCAUGGCUUAGGAGACGACGAGAUAAAGUGCGCGAGUUCUGUAUGGAACCACAUGAGGGAGGGCAAGUUCACCUGAAAGGCGAUCAGGCGGUCCUUGAUGGCCAGUGGGACUUUCACCCGCGGUGCUCGGGGUCCUUCACCGACCUUGUUUUCCGGUACAGCACCAUCGUCGUGGAUGGACGAGAACUUAUGCUGCUCAAUGGUGGGUCCUGGGUGGUGAGGAUGUGCGAGCUGAAGGCCUCCGGCAUGCAGGUCCUUCGUUGCCAGAGAGACAGCCGAGUGGACAUGUCGAAGAGCGUGGUGGGAGGGAUCACCUUCGACCCCUACGAGCCCGAUGCCAAUCAGGAUUACCUCAGAGCUAGUAACGGGCUGGUGGCCAUAGAAACGAGCAGAGCGUCUCUGCAUUCUUGCGAGCUAUCGAUGACAGGCUUGCUGGAUGGCAGUGCACUCAAGGCCUCUGGGAAGUCGAGCGUGAAAGCGAGUCAGUGCACCUUCAUGCAGAAUGUUGUGAGUGUGUUUGUAAGCCAAAACUGCUCCGUGCUGGUGGAGGACAGCGUCUUCAUGCACAAGAGGUUGAGCCACCUCCUGGUUGGACCUCCUCUUCCCUCCAACGCCAGGCUGAGCUUCUUUCGCAACCGAGGGGUCGGAAGUCUGUGGGGGCUGAACGGGAGACCCAAGGUGUGGGAAGAGCGAGACAACUUCUUUCCGGAGCAGGAAGAGAAGUCAAACCUCGAGCUGCUACGAGAAAACUUUGCUUAUGUCCCGCUGUACGAAAACAAAGGAAUCGGAGAGAAACCUGAUUGGCUGCUUGCAAGGGAAGGCGGGUACCUGAUAGAGACCGGCGACCACAUUGUCUAUUGCCUGACAUGCGGGAAAGACAACAAUCUCAAUCACUUCUUGACGUGUCAGCACUGCUAUGAUCCGCGACAGCAGUUCCAGCGCAAGUACGGCCUGGGAGAUAUCAUGAAUGUGACUGCUCUGUUCGACUCCUUGCAAGAAGAGAAACGAGAGAAACGAGAGUUCCGUCGAGACGAAGACAUCGAGCGAGCCAGGCAAAUGGCAGAGACAACUCGUCAAUGGCCUUGGACGAGGCCCAAGGAGCUUCAGCAAGUGAAGGCAAGCAGCAAGCCCGUCGCUGACUUUCUCGCAUCCACUCAACGUCUGCAUACAGUUGAAGAACUGCGGACUAACUUCACUGAAGCUUACAAGGAAAAAGAAACCCUCAAGGCGAUGUAUCGCAGCAGGCGAGAGGAAGACGUCAGGGUCCUGCUGGUACAGGCGCAAGAGAAAUAUGCGCGAGCACGAGCAGCUUUCGUCAAGGCGCUGGAUGAGCUGCCCAAGCAAGAUCGCUCAUGA